AUGGAUUCAUCAAUGGAAUAUCUCACCGAUCUUGAAGGAGCACAGAUCACAUUUGAUGCCAUUACGGAACCACCGUUCAACUUCCCCGCCCAGAAAUGGAUAAUACUUGAGAAGUUGAGAAGCUCGGGGAAGACUGGAACUGAAACGAAGAAGGCUGGUAUACGGGCUAGCCAGGCUGUCAACACCCCUCCUGACCAUCCAGACCAGAACUGA